AUGACGAGCCUGGGUCCCAUCCGCACCGGCCUGUCCGCGUCGGGCCGCGGAUCCCCCGCGGCGACGGGACACACCCCGACCGACUUUUCGCACGAGACGCUCACCGGGUGCGACCCUCGCGCGAGCGCCCCCGCCGACAACCCUCGGAAGCCGUUUUCCCAACGCCGCAGCCGCGCGCGGAUGCAGCCGCGCCGGUCGCGGCGCCGCUCCCGCGCGCGCAUCGAACGCCCCGCUGACCUCACCGGAAACUCUCGACGUGCCCAUCUCAUCAGGCUCGCCAUGGACCUCAGGGGCGGGCACGCGCCGAGCGUGCACGCCGCCGCGAUCGAGAUCUCGAGGCUCGCGGUCGCCGCGGAGGGACCGGGAGCCCCGUUCACUGCCACGCACCGCGGUCAGCAGCUCCUCCGGCUCAUCCACAUCGUCGUGCAGAACGUCGGGCUGGAGGACAAGGUGGGCGCGCUCACCGCCCUCCGCCUGCUCAAGGCGGACGACACCCUGCUCCAGAAGCUCCUCAAAGCCGGCGUGCUCCCGUCCCUCCUCGGAAUCAUUAGAGCCGACGCGACAGCCGCCGCCGCCGCCGCCGACGCCGACGACGACGGACCCGCCGCGGAGGCAUCGCGCGCGGAGGCCACCGCCGCCGCCGCUCGCGCCGUGCAGGCGUUCUCGUCCUCGGGCGACGCCCUCACCACGCUGCUGCGCGGCGGCGCGGUCGAGGUCCUCUCCGCGUACGCGUGCAGGCGCGGCGGCGAGGUGGCCGACCCGAUCCGAUCAGAGUCGAAGCCGGCCCCGCCCGGCGAUGGGUCCGGCACUCCCGACGUCGCCGCCAAGCACCGCGCGAGCGCGGCCAAGUCGUGCGUCGUCGCGAUGGCGCGCGUGUCCGGGUCGUAUCUCACCGACCUCGACGAGCACGCGGCGUUUGAACGCGACGCCGGACAGUCUCCGGAUGCGCCCGGAUCAAUCGAGUCGGCGCUCGACCCGGCGGCGGCGACGUCGGCGCUCUCCGUCGCGAGGUCGCUGCUCGCGCUGCUCGAGUCGGAUCUGGUCGUGUCGCACGGGGAGGCGUGCGUCGGUCUGGAGAGGCUGGCGGUCAGCGGCAGGGCGGGGCGCGCGGCGGCGUGCCAGGUUGGAUGCGUGCUCCCGCUCAUGGCGGCGGCGCUGGCGGGAAAUCCGAAGCAGCGGGGGGUCGCGCUGGAGGCGCUUGAGGCGCUGACGAUCGGCACCCGCGAUAACUCGCCCGGCGAACGAACGAACGAACGAACGGCGGCGGCGGCGCGAGAGGCGGGUGACGUCGUCGGAGGCGGCCGAUGGACGUCGUCGUCUGACGCUCCCAUGGACGUGGACGACGACGACGCAGCCGCAGCCGGCGGCGUGGGCGAUCCGCGGGAGAUUGCCGCUCGGGCGCAGGCGCAGAUCACCGCCACACAUCGAACGACGCCGGCAGGGGUUAAGAGGGAGAGGGUUCAAACCGCGGGAUACACCGGCCUCAGCGCCACCACGCUCGGCGUCAUCGGCACCGCCGCCAAGGUGGGCGAGACCUUCUUCGGCAGGCUCAUCGCCAUCCUCGGCGAGAUCUUGUCCCUGCGAGGGCCGCUCGAGAGGGCCGCGGCGGACGCGGCGCUGGCGCUGUGGGCGCUGGCGUGGCAGCCGUCCAACCGCGCCGCCGCGGUGCCGGUGGUGACGGCGCCGCUCGCGAAACUAUACGAGGAGGGCCGCGACGCCGCCGCGGACGACGCAGGCGCGACGCUCUCGGUGCUGGUCAGGAACGACGCCGACGCCAGGGAGAUCAUUCGCGCGUCUGGACCGCACGGAGCCGAUCUGGUGGCGUACCUCCUGGAGAGUGGUGGGGAGGGGAACGAAGGCGAAGGUCCGUCGCCCAGGGCGCAAGGCGGCGCCGCGGAUAAUUUUUUUAAGCGGAGAAUGGCGGAGGUUAAACCCCGAUCGGAGGGUUUAACCCCGAUCGGUCCGUCGAGGCUCGGCGCCGGUACCGCGUCGCCGUCGCCGGGGUUGGCGCGGUGCAUCAGCGGGCGGUACGACUGA